AGCCCAGCCCGGCCACUGGGAGCCGACUGGGGCGGGCCGAGGGCGGGGCGUGCUCGGGAGACCAGGGACGCGCUCCUGACAGCACAAUUAGCCGCGCCAGGUCUCGGGUGCGCAAGGGCAGGGACCCCCUUGGUGUUGUCCCGAUGGGAAUGUGUUUUCCCUGCCCUGGGGAGUCCGCGCCUCCCUCGCCGAACCUGGAAGAGAAAAGAGCAAAGCUUGCAGAAGCUGCAGAGAGAAGACAAAAAGAGGCUGCAUCCCGGGGAAUAUUAGAUGUUCAAUCUGUGGAAGAAAAGAGAAAGAGAAAGGAAAAAAUAGAAAAACAAAUGGCUACAUCUGGGCCCCCACCAGCAGGAGGACUUAGAUGGACAGUCUCAUAAAGCUUACUACGAGUAAAGGAGUCUAAGGUUGCCAGGAAUUUACUAUCUACAAUCAAGUGGAUUCUUCAGCUUCAUUUCCUCUCUUUGAAUAAAUGAAGACUUACACUCUGUAAUGUUAGUGCCCUUAAAAGCAGUGCUAAAUCUAUGUUUAAUAUGUUGAAUUCUUUUUAUUCUAAAACUUAUAAAAUGGCUAAAUUUCUCAUCACGUACUUUACAGUCUGUAUUAGGUCUGCAAAUUGAAAGUGAGUUCCUUUAUUUUGAUAGUUAGAAAAUGAACAUAAAUGUUAAGUAUACAUAUGUGGCAUGUAAUAAUACUGCAUCCAUUGAUAAUAUUAAAAUUAGGAUUAUUUUUUCCUUCUUUAUAGAGCUACUUCUCGGUUGUACUGCUUUAUUUUUGAUUUUAUUUCAUUACAUUUGAAAAUUUUGCUUAAACUUACAGAAGUGGUGCCUUUAAACUGAUCAUCAGGGAAAAUUAUGAAACAUCUAUUUGAAGGGCUUAUGUAAAGGAAUGCUAUUAUGUUUUAUAACUAAGCCAUAUACAUUUAUAGGUAAAUUUUUAUUUUCUCCUAAUUUAUUUUCUGUUUGAAUAGCUUACAAAGUUAAUACAUUAUGUUCUUUAUUACAAUAAAGAGUAUUUGUGUGCCACAUUUAAAAUUUGUAUUAGUGGUACCAUCAGAGGGCAGUGAUGCACUAUUGUAUAAUGUCAGACUCAGGUCUGUGAGGACCUUUAAAGUAACUGAAUGAGUUAACAAAGAAUAUGUACAAGUUAUAGUAAGGGGUCAUUUGUCAAAUUUUCCUAAUUAUUUUAUUAUUUUAUAUUUAUUAAGGAAUAAUUAUAAAAUUUAUACAGAUGUAAAAUUGCCAAGGCAAGUAUGAAUGUAUGAAAGAAAUAUGCAGGUAUCAUAUUUUUAAAGGUAUAGUUAAAACAUAAGAAAGAGAUUCUCUAUAAUGCAUAGUGAUGAUUUUUUAGCUCUUGCUCAUUGGAAACAUAAUAGAAUGUUUCGUUUUUGUUUUUAAUAUAUAACAAGCUGAAAUAGAAGAACUGUAAUUAGCUAUGAUGAUUACUAACUCAUUUGUAUGGCAAGGCCACAUGCUAGGCCCUGUGCAAGAACCUGUAGCUAUUACAUGCCAGUAGGGACUGUAAGUUAAAGAGACCAACUCACUUGAUUUAUGAAAAGGAAACUGAGCCACUAAUUCUUCCUUCCCACAUGGUCGGUGUUAUAUUAAAGUGCGCUGUACA